AUGCUACCUCAUAGUACAUUCCGCCGCGAUAAGGAUAGCGGUCAGGAUGUGGAGAAGCGGCUGCUAGAACCUUUAGUAUCUAGCAGUGAGGCGUUGCCUCGGAAAAAGUGGCCGCAAAUCAUCCUACAUAUGACUCGAGCAAGGAUAAUGGCUCUUUUGGGACUGGUUUCUCUGUUAGCAUUGGCUGUACAUUUGCCAAUCGCAUCUACAUCGCUAUUGGCCCUUUCUACGACUGAGAAAGAUUCCAAAGAUGGGUUUCAUAACCAAUUUGAACCUGGGAAGCUUGGAGCUGUUGCGAGCGAGAGCUCUGUUUGCUCAAAGCAUGGAACGAAGAUACUAGAGAAAGGUGGCAAUGCUGCUGAUGCUUUGAUCGCUACCCAGUUUUGUAUUGGAGUCAUUGGAAUGUAUCAUAGUGGUAUUGGUGGGGGUGGAUUCAUGCUUGUACGGGCUCCAAACGGGACCUACGAGUUUAUUGAUUUCCGGGAGACUGCUCCUGGAGCUGCAUUCCAGGACAUGUACAGCAAUAACACGGCUGCAUCCAUCUAUGGAGGCUUGGCAAGUGGUGUCCCCGGUGAAGUUCGCGGGCUAGAAUAUUUGCAUAGAAAUUAUGGCUCUCUUCCCUGGUCGACACUCUUACAACCUGCAAUUGACACGGCACGAGAUGGAUUCCCAGUGACUGAAGACCUGGUCAAGUAUAUGAAAGGAGCAGUGGGCACUGGAGAGGACUUUUUAUCCAAGGAUCCGAACUGGGCUUUGGACUUCGCUCCAAACGGAACCCGACUUGGCUUGGGAGACACUAUCACACGCAGACGUUAUGCGGGCACCCUUGAGUCUAUCGCUAAAUAUGGUCCCGAUACUUUUUACUCGGGUCCCAUUGCUGAGACCAUGAUCAAUGCUAUUCAAAAAAAUAACGGCACCAUGACGCUCGAUGACCUGGCUAAUUAUACAGUAGCUGUUCGAAACAUCUCCCAAAUUAACUACCGCGGGUACACCGUGACAAGCUCAACUGCACCUUCGAGUGGUAUCGUGGCGAUGAGUAUUCUGAAGAUUCUGGAUACCUAUAAGGGGCUCUUUGCUUCCGAGCAAGACCUGAAUAUCAGCACUCAUCGUAUGGAUGAAGCAAUGCGGUUUGGAUACGGCAUGAGAACUGAACUAGGUGAUCCGUCCUUUGUGGAUGGGAUGGCUGAGUACGAACGAGGCAUGCUAGAACAGUCUACUAUUAACGCUAUUCGAGGAAAGAUAUCAGACUCUCAUACGCUCAAUGUUUCGGCAUAUGACCCAUCUGGUAUUGAGAGUUUAGAUACUCCAGGUACUUCCCACAUUGCUGCCGCAGAUCACUCCGGCAUGGCUAUAUCCGUGAUUACCACCAUAAACCUCUACUUUGGUAGUCGGGUUCUGGUUCCAGAAACUGGAAUUAUCAUGAAUGACCAAAUGAACGAUUUCUCUAUUCCCGGAUCAUCCAAUAAAUUCGGAUACAUUCCCUCAGAGGCUAACUACAUCCGCCCCGGAAAGCGGUCUCUGUCCUCAAGUACCCCAGCAAUAGUGACUCGCCCAGACGGCAAGCUUUUCCUAAUCGCAGGUUCCGCAGGUGGCAGCCGUAUCAUCACUGCAACUGUCCAAAAUAUCAUCCACUGUAUUGACCAAGGACUCAGUGCAGCUGAAGCCCUUGCCAAGCCACGCUUGCAUGACCAAUUGAUUCCGAACCAAGCUAGAUUCGAGUACGACUAUGACAAUACCACUAUCGCUUUUAUGAAGAGCCUUGGUCAUAAUGUCACUUGGGUUGCGCCCGGUGAGAGUACAGCACAGCUCAUUCGUGUUCUUCCUAAUGGUACUUUUGAUGCUGCUGGAGAGCCGAGACAGAAGAAUUCGGCUGGGUAUUCUGUAUAG